AUGGGGAGGUUCCUCAGUGGAUUUCUGUUGCCUAUGUUGCUUCUAUCAGGUAUGCGAUCAAGAAGACGAUUGUUGAUCUCAUGGUACACCCUUUUGUUUUCCUCUGUGGCUGUUGUUUCACUUGCCAUUUUUCAUAUUGUCUGGGCUAUCAAGGGGAAUCAGUGGAGUACUGCAGAUGCACAGUGGGCUAAGUUAAUCGGUUUUCUAAGUUUAUGUGCAUUUGCACUCCUGGCUUAUGUUGGCUAUGUGCUUUAUGCCAUUCCUUCGGUCUUUCAAUUGCAUCGGCUAAACGGCUUGCUUCUUGUAUUCAUUCUAUUAUGGGCUGCUAGCACCUAUGUCUUCAACUUGACAUUUUUGGUCCUCAACAAGCACAUGUGGAAGCUUAAUCUCAUCUCAAAUGCCUUGAAACAAAAGGAUACAUUAGCUACAGAUCUUCUCAGAGAACUAGGAAUUAUAGUUGACGACCCAUGCAUUCUAAUAAGCUACUAUGUAGUCUUCUUACUGGCAUGCUUCAAAUUUCGUGCUGACCGUUUGUCCAGCCUGGCAGUAUCUGAGAGCUAUCAACAAAUGAUAUGCCAGUACAAGAGUUCUUCACUCAACGACCUCUCCUUCGAAACAAAAUACCUAUGGACAUUCUUUGAUUAUCUUCGCCUAUACAGCUACUGCCACUUGUUGGACCUCGUCCUCGCCUUAAUCCUCAUCACUGGGACCUUGGAAUUUGAUGUCCUCCACCUUGGAUACCUUGGUUUUGCCUUAGUAUUCUUCAGAAUGAGACUUGAAAUGCUUAAGAAAAAGAACAAGAUAUUCAAGUUCCUGAGAAUGUACAACUUCGCCAUAAUUGUCCUCUCUCUUGCUUACCAAUCGCCUUAUGUGGGAAACUUCUGUGAUGGAAAAUGUGGGCUCAUAGCCUACAUAAGCAAUGUGGUGGGGUUCUACAAGUACGAUUAUGGGUUUCGUAUCACUUCGAGAUCAGCUUUAGUCGAGAUCAUUAUCUACAUGCUAGUGUCCUUACAAUCGUACAUGUUCUCAGCUCCCGAGUUUGACUACGUGGCAAAGUACAUCGAAGCUGAACAGAUCGGCGCAAAAAUUGAGGAGCAAGAAAAGCGUGCUGCUUGGAAAACUGAGCAAUUGCAGCAAAUACGUAAAGCUGAAGAACAGAAGCGCCUACGUAAUCUUCAAGUCGAGAAGAUGAAAUCUGAGAUGCUCAACCUUCAAAUUCAACUCCAACAAGGAGACACUUUCAUUAGGACGGCAGGAAACUCAUGUUCUCUCAACACAGAUAUCAAUGAUGACAUGGAAGUCGAUGGAAAGUUCCAAACUCCUCCGAGUGGAUUUAACUUCAGCUCCGAAGUAAUAAUGUGCCCAUUAGAUGUAAGUGGGUCUCCUGUUAGUGAAAAAGCAUCUGAAAGCCCAACCUGUGAAAUCAUUGAGGUGAAAGAUACGAGUGUUGUUGCUGCUUACGGGUUUGCGGGAUCAUCAUCACACAAAAGGGACAAGUUUCAUGGAAAUAUGAAGCAAAAUACUUUGAUACAUCUAUUCAAUGAUGGAGUCUCUCAGGUUCAAUCUUUAGGGAAUAUGGCUGUAAACAACCUCGUCCAUCUGCUGAACAUCAAAGAGGAAGAAGAUGACUAUGCCUCGGCUGACGAUUCCUCUCAAGAUGAGAUGACUACAGAAACAAAUCAGAAUAACAUUGGUACUACUUCAGAACACAUGCAAUGGACAUUCUCCAUGCAAUCUGAGGGAGAGCAAACAUCAUGUCAACAAAUCGGGAUGAUACUACGUUACAUUUGGGGUCAGAUGCGUUCAAACAACGACAUUGUGUGCUACUGUUGCUUUGUUCUAGUUUUCUUAUGGAACUUCAGCUUAUUGUCAAUGGCUUAUCCUGCAGUUCUCUUUCUAUAUGCCCUCUUUGUCAACACAAGCCCGAGUAACAUAUUCUGGGUGAUCAUACUAAUCUACACCGAGAUGUGCAUUUUGGCACAAUACAUAUAUCAAAUCACCAUCCAACGAUGUGGGUUGACUUUUAAUAUGAGUUUGCUUCAGGAACUAGGAUUCCCUAAUCAUAAGAUCCUCUCUUCUUUCGUCCUAAGCAACUGGCCUCUAUUUCUGGUCUACUUGUUCACACUAUUGCAAACAUCUAUAACAGCUCGAGAUGGCGAAUGUGUUACAAUGAUUGCCGAUCUCAACAAUCAAAGGAGGAAAAGUAAAUGCCAUUUAGGUGGAGUGGUGGUUCAUGAUAGCAUGAUCAAUCCAGCUUCAAGGAGUUAUCUCUCGGUAGAGCUUUGCUUCAGAAAGAUGUAUUGGUUCUGGCAGUCGAUAACUCAAGGCGCAGAAACUCCACCCUACUUUGUCCAGUUAUCGAUGAAAGUUGACACAUGGCCAGAAGAUGGGAUCCAACUCGACAAGAUGAAAUUGGGAGUCAACAAGCUUUUGAAGAUCGUUCAUGACAAGAGGUGUCAGGAAAGGAGUCCAAAUCACUUCCACUUGGCAAGCAAAGUUCGUUUGCAGAGUGUUGAGAGAAGUCCUGAAGACGAGAGUGUCGCGCUUGCUGUGUUCGAGGUGUUGUAUGCAUCACCAUUGAAGACAUGUGUGCGCCCAGAGUACCACAAGUCUCUUACUCCGGCUGCUGAUGUUGCUUCAGAGAUAUUGGAAGCUCAGCUAGUUGGUGCUUUUAAAGUGAUAGAGUUCCCUUAUCCAGUGAUCUCAGUGAUUGGUGGGGCGAAGAAACAUAUCGAUCUUUACGCGUACAUAUUUUGUGCAGAUUUGUCUGUGUUUUUCUUGGUUGCUAUCUUUUAUCAAUCGGUUAUGAAGAACAAUAGUGAGUUCCUUGAAGUCUAUCAGCUUGAGGAUCAGUUUCCUGAAGAUUUUGUAUGUGUCUUGAUGGUGAUUUUUUUCCUUAUAGUACUCGAUCGUGUCAUAUAUCUAUGCUCAUUUGCCACGGGGAAGCUCUUCUUUUACUUGUUUAACAUUGUGCUCUUCACUUAUGCUGUCACUAAGUAUGCCUGGAAAAUGGAGCCCCAACAUAGUAAUGCUGGAAGGUUAGCUCUACGAGCUAUCUAUCUGGCAAAGGCGAUCUCUCUGACCCUUCAGGCCAUACAAAUACACCAUGGAAUCCCACAUGAGAGUACUUUGUAUAGACAGUUUUUGACAAGCAACAUAUCUAGGAUUAACUACUUGGGUUUCCGAAUCUAUCGUGCUCUCCCUUUCCUAUAUGAACUACGAUGUGUGCUCGAUUGGUCAUGCACUACCACGUCGUUGACCAUGUAUGACUGGUUGAAGUUGGAGGACAUUCAUGCAAGUUUGUUUCUCGUGAAAUGUGAUGCUGAUCUAUAUAGAGCAAAACAUCAACAAGGGAAUAAGCAGGCGAAGAUGACCAAGUUUUGUAAUGGGAUAUGCUUGUUCUUCAUACUCAUGUGUGUCAUAUGGGCUCCCAUGCUGAUGUAUAGCAGCGGAAACCCAACGAACAUUGCCAAUCCAAUCAAAGAUGCCAACGUAAGAAUCGAGAUACGGUCAUUGAGUGGCAGGCUUACUUUGUAUGAAACAACUCUAUGUGAGAAGAUCCCAUGGGAGAGACAUGACGCAAGCAUCAACCUAGACCCUCAAGGAUACUUGAGCUCGUAUAACAAGCAAGAUAUUCAACUUAUAUGUUGCCAAGCCGAUGCCAGUACAUUAUGGCGCGUCCCAGAAGUUGUGCAGGACAGAUACACAAGGUCCCUUGGGCGUUCAAUGGACAUCAUUUUCACUUGGAAAUUCACGAGGGACAGACCAAGAGGAAAGGAAGCCGUGAGGUAUGAGUUGGUUGUCCAGGACGAGGAUCUCCCUUCUUACUCUGAUGUCAUGAAAGUUCUAAAUGGUACCACCAACAGCUUCGGCAUAUACAAUGUCUAUCCUAGGUACUUUCGGGUCACUGGAUCUGGAGAUGUCCGGUCACUUGAACAAUCGGUGGAUAUGGUGAGUGGAGAUCUAGUUCUCAAUCGAGAGAACUCAAAUUGGUGGUCAUUCCUUGAUACGAGUGCAUUGACGUCUGGAUGUGGGAAGUUGACUGGGCCUAUGGCCGUGAUCAUAUCAGAAGAAACACCGCAGGGGAUUAUAGGCGAGACACUAAGCAAGUUCAGCAUAUGGGGAUUGUACAUUACCUUUGUCCUUGCUGUUGGUCGGUUCAUCAGGCUGCAAUGCUCUGAUCUUAGAAUGAGAAUACCAUUCGAGAAUCUUCCUUCUUGCGAGAGGCUGUUGGCGAUAUGUGAGAAUAUUUAUGCAGCGAGAGCGGAAGGAGAGCUAGAGGUGGAAGAGGUUCUUUACUGGACGUUGGUGAAGAUUUUUCGGACACCACACAUGUUGCUUGAGUACACCAACCCUGACUAGUUAGCUCUUUUUUAAACCUUAGAAUGUGGUAAAUAAAUUCUUCUCCAUCUCGUUCUAUUAUACUAUUUCCCUCCAGCUGCCUAAAAUGAGGUAGAAACAAAGACAAGAUCACGACAUUAGAUUCAAAAGUCAGAUGUAGGUUGAGAUUAAUGGGAUGAGGAUCUUAGCAGCUCUUUAUCUGGCAAUGUCUGUUGUAUCUUUUCAUGUUCCUUCUCCCAAUCAGCAAUGAAGACGAAGCUUAGCA